GGUUGGAUGAUGAGGGGCGGCACGCCAUUUGCCACUAAGUCGAGCCGCGACUCGCGGGUGGCUAUCCGUGCGGUCAGCUCUACUGGGUCACGGUCAACGCAAGUGGGUUAUAUAAUUUCGUCGGAAAUUCAGAUUCAUCAGGAAGCUGAGUGUUCCUUCUGGUCACUAAGAUCAUGUCACUGGGUGACGGUAAUCUCUUCCAAGAAUAUCUCAGCGGACAUCCAGCAUAUAAAUUCGAUGCUCGUCUAGCCGCACCUCAGUGGAUCCUGAAGUCCAUUUGGAAUCAAAGAGUUGACGAUCCUGCUGACGACGAUGCUGACGCUCCUGCUGACGACUCUGGUGGCGUCCGCCGCCGGCUCCCUGGUGGGCCCGGCGUCCGGUCACGCGUCCGGCACCGUCUCCCAGCAGAUCUUCCAGCAGCCGUACAGCAGCGGCAGGUUCACCACCACCCAGUCGGCGGCCUCGGGAUCAUCAGGCCUGGGCAGCUCCAGCUUCAGCGGCGCGACGGCCAACUCAGCCAAUUUCGGCGGGGUGACCCACUCGAACACGGGCGCCAGCUCGGUGCAGUCGGGACUCGGUCUGGGAGGAGUGGCGCACUCCCCGGUGAUUGGAGGCGGAGGAUACGGCGCAGUUGGAGGACAGAGGCCGGUUAUCGGAGGACAGCGGCCGGUGGUCGGAGGAGGAGGAGGGUUCCGGCCGGUAACCGGAGGUCAGAGGCCUGUGGUUGGAGGACAGCGUCCUGUGGUAGGCGGCGGAGGGUACGGCGCGGUCGGAGGUCAGAGACCUGUCGUUGGAGGACAGCGACCUGUCGGAGGUCUGGGACGCCCUCGGCCAGUGGUGGGCGCUGUCGGACGUCCCCGGCCGGUGCUCGGGGGCGGCUACGGCCAGCGCCCGGUCCUCUCGGCCGGUCUGGGAGGUCAGGUGGCCGCCAGCAACGCGGUACUGUCGGCAAACCUUCAGCAGGCACAGGGCUCGCUGGUUCAGGCGGGUGGCGCCCUGAACCAGGCCGUUGGUACGCUUCAGAGUGAUGUGGCCCACCUCAGCCAGGCGGCGGCGGGCGCAGGUCACGGAGCGCUGGGCUACGGCCGCUGAGGGGCGGGUCAGGUCAGCCUGCCGCCCACCUGCGUCCUGUGUUUAUCCUUUAUUUGUUGAACAGAACACGUCAACAGUACCUUAUGUGAGUGGUGGGACGCAUGUAGCCGCUAUGUGAUGUGAUGCGAUUAUGUUAUCAAUAUAAAAACAUGCCUCCGA